AUGGCAACUAAUCUGGGCCAAGCCCUGCUAGAAGGGUCAGGGAUUGUUCCUUCUUUAAUCCAGGAACUGGCUGCUAGUGGAUUCAACGAGGGCAGAGAUGCCUUCCAUGACUACAUAUACACAAAGUUCAUUCUUGGGGAUGAUAGAAGCAACAGCUCAUUGGUAGCAAAUCCUGGUGUUUCGGUCUUCGCUGCCUCCAACAUCAGCAACUGCCCUGACCCAGAACAAGGGCUCGCUCAUGGAGCCAGUGAUCCCAAUCAUGCUGGAGUUCCAAGUAUUAUCAACUGUAGCGCUGCUAAUGAAGUUGAUGAAAUGUCUCGCGCCACAUCUUUAAUUAAACCUGUUUCUGAGCAAAAGCCGGAAAGUUCCAAGAAAAAGUCACUUCAGUUGGCACAAAGUGCGGCUCGACUGGAAGGUUUGGACAGCAGUGAGAUCCAGAGGAAAAUGAAAAAGAAGAAUCCGUAUAAAAAGAAAGACAAGACGUUUGUUUGUGAGGUUUGUGGGCGAGGUUUUGCGGAGAAGUAUACGAUGAACCGACAUAUGUUCACACAUACUCGUAUAAAACCAUACUCUUGCUCCAAGUGUAAGAUGUCGUUUGCACGCUCUGAUGGUCUGGCCAAGCACAUAGCUGCCGGCCACCGGCGGGUGGACUCUCAUCACUGCGAUGUCUGCGGCGGAACAUUCAGUAGCGAAUUGUCCUUCGAACAGCAUCGUCGAGAAUAUGGGAACACUUUACCUUUUGUUUGCAAUCUGUGCAUGCUGGCAUUCUCUCAGUGUUGUCACCUCAACUACCACAUGAAGUCACACCCACUUUCAAAAUUAAAUGAAGGAUUUGAUUACGAGGGCGAAGCUGACAAGAAUAAUGCUGUUGACAUGUCAGAGCUUAUUCCAGACGACUGCAGCUCUCCGAAAAAGGAGCAAGAAGAUUUUGCUGUCAAGGAGCUUCUGAAUAAAUUGAGUAAAGCAGGAAGUAGACAGUUGGGCAACACACACUACAACAUGGAUGUCUUCAACCCACACAUUGUAAUUAAACCAGAGAUCGAGGAAUUCCCAACGUGCAGCUCCAUAAACAAUCGGAUGUUUGCAGACAACUCCAUAAAUAGCUCCGGUAAAGGCAGUAAUGCUUCGGAUGCCUUAAAUAUUGUUUCCCUUAGCACCUCCGCUUCUCAGGACCUAAUGAACUCUCUAGCCCACCAAGGAGGCAACAAUUUAGCAGAUGCUGGGUCAGAUAUGCAAGGCACUUCAAAAACCCUUAACAAGUCUGCUGCAGAUAAAGAAAAUCCAGUUUCAGAUUCCGAGAUGAAGAAAUAUUACGACAUUAAAAUCCCAAACCCCAAAUACAGAGAAAGCUCUAGCCUUAAAGGGAGCGGUAUGGGUGAGGAUGGUUUGUUUCGAUGUGACAGAUGUGGGAAAGGUUUCUCCAGAAAGUACCAUAUGCAACGACAUGUGAAGUUACACAUACGAGGUCCCGUACCGCGAGCCCAUCUUCUUGACUGGACUCGUCGGCCAUAUGCCUGUGGUGUCUGCAAAAUGGGAUUCACUCGGCAACACCAUUUGACUCGUCACAUAUUGAUACACACAGGUGAACGACCACACUCUUGUCAUGUUUGUGACAAGGCCUUUCGGCGCUUCACUAACCUCACCCUCCACAUCCGCACAGUCCAUGGAGCAGAGAGGCCAUUCAAGUGUCAUAUUUGCGGGCGAGGUUUUCCUCGUCUGUACAGUCUCCAGCGUCAUCAGAAGCUGCAUAUGAAGAAUGCUCUUGCGGCCAGCGCUGAGAGCAACAGUCAGUUGUAUGAAGGGUUUAAACCUGUGGGCACAGGCGGCGCUGAGAGCAACAGUCAGUUGUAUGAAGGGUUUAAACCCGUGGGCACAGCCAGCGCUGAGAAUAACAGUCAGUUGUAUGAAGGGUUUAAACCCGUGGGCACAGGCGGCGCUGAGAGCAACAGUCAAUUGUAUGAAGGGUUUAAACCCGUGGGCACAGCCAGCGCUGAGAAUAAUAGUCAGUUGUAUGAAGGGUUUAAACCUGUUGGUACAGCCAGUGUUGAGAGAGAAAAAUCACCAACUCACCAUUCAGCUAACCCACAUACUCACCUUUCCAGCAACCCAGCUACUCACCUUUCCACCAACCCAGCCAACACCAGCCAGUCGCCAGGUAACAGUCAGAAGUCCACAGAGUCCAUGACUGAUAGUGUCACGGACAAAUACAGACACCAGAUGAACACACAGAAUGACAGAUUAGGCAAUGAUGAUCUGACGGGAAAAGGCACUACCCUGAAAAACCAAGAGAAAUAUAUUCUUGUGCAAGGCAAAAUCCAUGACAUGUCAUUCCAAAAUGAUCAGCAUGUUCAAAAUAAAGAUCAGGGCUGCCAUUCUGGUGAGGCUGAAACUAGGUCAGCCCAGUCUGGCCAACAACAGGUCAGCUCUCCACCUGUGACAGACAAUAAAACUCAGAAAAUGCGACUGGCCAGUCCUCACACUGACAACAUAAAGCUGCAGAAUUCCAUUUUGGCCACGAUGUCCAAUUUUACUUCUUCGCCUGAUCAUGGUGAAGUCAUCAGGAGCCAUGUGAACUUUGACGUAAGAAAUGUGCCAGACUUUAAUCGUCAACAGCCGCAGCAACAAACCUUACAGACUAUCAACGAAGACAGGCUCAUUUCUGCAGGCACCUUGUCCAGUCAGAAUCUGAGAAUUAUCAACAUCCCUGUUGGACACGAGAUGAGCCUCAGGGAUGCUAGCAGUUACACUCAGAGCCACAGAAGUGGCAGUAAUGACUUCGUCAUCCACCAGCAGCAGAUUCAGGCUUCUCUCCCACUGCUGAACAUGAUAGAGCGGCCAGGAAGUCGCAAUACUGUUGGCCAAGUUAACAUGCCUGAAGCUUAUCACCACUCCACAGCCACUUAUAACCAGGCAACAUCAUCUAUACAAAUCCAGCAAGUCUCAACAAUGAACCUUCCUGUUUCUUGUAGCACCAUGUUGCCAGGAAACCUGCAAGAACUCACAAGCUAUUCGUACAACAAUCAUGUGGAUAUUGGUGCAAAUCAUAGUGGGGUCAGUGAGCCAAUUGUCUAUUCCCACAAUCAUAAUGCAUCCAGCAUGCCAUUCCACGCUGGUAUCCAUGGCAACUACCAGCACCAUCUGUCCGACAGUCUAGAUCAAGACAUACAUUCACACCCAACCCCUGUCAAUACCCACAAUAUGCAGUACUAG